AUGUCUCAGCCAUGGGACUAUAUUGCAAAGCUCGUCUGCAUUGGUGAUUCGGGCACCGGAAAGUCCAGUCUUACCAUUCGCCUUUGCGAAGGCCGCUUCUCUCCAACCCAUGAUGUUACUAUCGGUGUCGAAUUUGGCUCUCGGAUUGUUCCAGUUGGACCUCCCGCUUCUGAUUUCUUAGGUAUUGAAUCUGAUGACAACCCUGCGUCGUCAAGUUUUACAUCCCCAGUUGGGUCAGCUGUGCCGAACGGAGAUAUCCAAGAAAGAAGUCCUUCUGGCUUGCCUAGUCCACCCCGCAAACCUCAGAAACCUGCGGUCCAGAAACGGAUGAAGUUGUCUCUUUGGGAUACGGCGGGUCAGGAGACCUACAAAUCUAUCACACGCUCCUAUUUUCGGGGAGCAUCGGGUGCGUUACUAGUCUUUGAUAUUACGCGCCCGUCCACUUUUGCAUCUGCCACACAGUGGCUACAUGACCUGCGGCAGAUCGCAGAAGAGGGAAUUGUUGUUGUUUUGGUCGGAAAUAAAAGCGACCUGGCAGUUGGCGGGACUAACGGCGAUGGUGACUGUAAUGUAAAUCAGAGACGAGUUACCAGGCAAGAGGCGGAGGAAUGGUGCAGGCUAAAUAACGUCGUUCGCUACGUCGAGACAAGCGCCAAGUCAGGCGAGGGUGUUGAGCGGGCCUUCCUUGAGGUUGCAGAGAGGAUCUAUCGCAAUAUUGAAGCAGGUAAAUACGAUCUCAACGACCGGAGGAGCGGUGUGAAAGGGUUCGGGGCUAGCGGCGGGGCCAAUGCAGGAAUGCCCAGGACUAUAACUUUGGGGUUGAAUGAUGCCAUGGGAAGAGGUAGGAAAGACUGGAACAAUGGGUGCUGUUAG